AUUUGAAUGACCUACAUCAAGCUGUAAUUAUUAAUAAGUAACCUAGACAACCGACGCACUGUUUAUCAGUCCAUUCGUAACAUGGUUCAGUAGAGUAAUCGAUACCUACACUGAAAUGUCUGCAUUCCGGUUUCCGCAGUCGAAAUGGGUGGCCGAAGAAAAUCGAAGCGUAAAUCCGUAGCAUUUUCAUCCGUUUGUACACCAAUUUCUAGAGAAUGCAUAAAUCCGAGCUACUCCAAAUUUGAAGUUUCUUACCCUGUCGUUUGUCGCCAGCGUUAUCAUCAGGACAAGCUUCGCUAUGACAAGCAGUUCAAGUAUGAGCUGAAGAUGCUGGAACUGAUGCAGAAUUCGGCCUACGACUCGAUGCGUUUUCAUAGACACGUCGCAAUCACGACACUGUGGCCUCCGCUGCACACGAGAAAGGAAAUUGAAUAUGUUUUAGACAAAUUCUUCCGUCUACCAGAUCGACAGACUAGACGUUUGCAUGACAUAAUGAAUGCUCCAGUCUACUGACAAUAAGAUUGCGUGACUCUGUUACAAGGAUUUCUUUCAGGCCGGAAAUAUAGUUCUAUGUUUUGUUCAAUUUUAUUAUAAUUACCGUAACCUGCUACGGCCAUUUGUGACUCAAUAAAAAUAUUCAUGUGGUUAUAGUUUCAACUCAGGUCUACAUCCCGUUGUCAUGUAAUACAUCUCUAAAUAGUCUGAAUAUACCAUUAUAUACCGAAAAGGGAUUCAUUGGUGUGAAACUAUAUGCUAUACUGAUAAUUUGGCUUCUUGAAUAUUGU